CAUAGAUCCACUUGUUCCUUUGUGCUUAUGCACUUACCUUUCUUUACCUUUAUAUUUCGGUUGUUUAACACAGGACAGGGCUUUGUCAAUCUUGAAGGUUUUCUCAAUGGUUGGGGAUUUGAUACAGUGUAUCUGUAAAUUGGCCCGUCGGCCUUGGUGUCGGUCUUUGCGUGAUCCUCAGCUGAUCGGCCCACUGCGAUCAGCCAAGCGCAUUGUGCCGAAAAGACCUUUGCGGUCAGUACUCACAGGUUUAUCUUUUUAUCUUUUUGGGUCGAAAUUCAAACUUUGAAAAUUUAUACAUACUUUUAUCGCUAGCUGAUUUACAGGCGUUUGUCAUUUGCAAAUGCUGCUAUUAAGUGUCAGAAAAACGACCGGCCUUGCGACACGGCUUCUGUUGCGAUCCGCGGUCACCCACCGCACGGCAGCGCUGUCGACAUCAUGCAUCAGGCACAAAGACAGCGACAAAAUAGAAGUUCUCGGGAGUACAUACACCACAGACAAGUGGACGAACGCGACAUCGGCGAUUCUGUCAAAGACUGGGCGCGACCUGCUGCACCAGCCAUCGCACCCACUUGCGAUCUUGAAGGAGAUGAUCUUCGCCGAGUUCCCCACAUUUGCGCACUACGACUCGCUGAGCCCAGUAGUGAACACGUACCAGAACUUUGACUCUCUGGGAUUUGCCAAGGACCACCCGGGCCGUGCAGCUUCAGAUACGUACUAUAUUAACGCAGAUACACUGCUGCGCACGCACACGUCGGCGCACCAGCUGGAGCUCUUGGCAGCUGGGAAGCAAAGCAACGCGGGGAUUUUGGCGCAGGCAAGGAAUGCGCAAGCAGCACCAGCCAACGAGCGCUUCCUCGUUGCGGCCGAUGUGUACCGCCGCGAUGAGAUCGACGCCAGCCACUACCCGGUGUUUCACCAGAUGGAAGCACUGCGCCGUGAAGCUGCCGCCUCAGCGACCGCAGCCACUACAGAGGCCCUGAAUUUGGACAUGUCGGCGGCACAGCUACUGGACACCACGCAGAUUGGCGACACUAACCCCGUGCAGCCCGAGCACACGGCCAAGGAGGUUGCAUUUGUCGCGGCCCAUAUGAAGCGCACGAUGAACAGCAUGGUAGUACACAUUCUGUCCAAAGCCUCAGCUGCUGCUGCUGCCGCAACAGAUUCCACACAGGUGAGCUCAGGCAUAGCCACGCAGUUUCCUGUGCGCUGGAUUGACGCGUUCUUCCCGUUUACCAGCCCCAGCUGGGAGAUGGAGGUGCUGUUCCGCGGUGACUGGCUCGAGAUUUGCGGCUGCGGCGUCAUGAAGCAGGCCAUUCUUGACGACGCCGGUAUGCCCGACCGCAUCGGCUGGGCCUUUGGCUUUGGGCUCGAGCGCCUGGCUAUGCUUUUGUUUGGUGUUCCCGAUAUACGCUUGUUCUGGAGUACUGACCCGCGCUUUGUCAGUCAGUUUUCCCCCGGCCAAAUCAACACAUUCAGGCCCUUCUCGCGCCAUCCGCCAUGCCCCAAAGACGUCAGCUUCUGGCUGCCUGCCGACACCGAAUUCCACGAGAACGACUUGAUGGACCUGGUGCGCGAGACUGCCGGCGACCUGGUCGAAGGCGUCAAACUGAUAGACUUGUUUACCCACCCAAAGACAAGUAAGACCAGCCGUUGCUACCGCAUCAACUACUGCUCCAUGGACCGCAACGUGAAGCAUGAGGAGAUCAACGCCAUCCAGGACAAGGUCCGCGACCGCAUCGUAUCACAACUGGGCGUGACUCUGCGCUAAGCAGUCUGAACUUUUAAUAUAUGUUUAUAAUCUCUUUUUUGACAA